AUGACAGUGCAACAAGAUGACUGGAACUCUGUGUCACUCUCUUUGCUCAAGAAUCCUCAUGAUUUGCACCUAUGGCAAAGUUUGAUUCAUUGCGCAGAGUCUCAAGAGGGCUUGAUCAACAAAACCCUGAAUCACAUCGCAGUUCAAAACUUGAGAAAAUCUUACGACGCCUUUCUUGAAAGACACCCUUUUCUUUUGAAGUACUGGAUUGCGUAUGCACUUUGGGAGAGGCAAUUUAACGAAAAUGAUAAGGCUGAACUUGUAUUCUUGAGAGCGCUUGACUUUGGUGGUCACGAUAUUACAUUAUGGAUCUCCUAUCUUCAGUUCAAGAUUGAAACACUCACCAAUAACGUUGAUCAGAUAUUACUGCUUUUUGAGGCAGCACGCUCCAAGAUUGGUUAUCACUACCAUAGUUUUGAGUUCUACCAGCUAUAUCUCAAGUUUUUAAACACAUACGCUGAUGAGAAGAAUGGUUUUACAAGAAAGUCCAUCUUUUUGCUUCGAAUCAUGUUGGAAAUUCCCUUAUACAACUAUUCUUCUGCUUUUGAUUUGAUAUUUGAGCUUGUGUCUUCCCCAAGUGUGACUAUCGAUGAUAUAUCCUCGUUUAUGAAUGCCACGAACCUCAAAGCCUUGAAAAAACUGACCCAAAAUAACAAAAAGCUCAUACUCGAGGCAAUAAAGCGAUUCCUAGCUGAUGCAUAUAUUGUCAAUCAGGCACAAAGUCUUGAGUUAUUCGCUUACGAGAGACUCAUCGCAGGCACUUCACGAAACCAAAAUGUGGCUUCUGUUUCCCUUGAUCGUCUAGAAACUUGGUACAACUACUUGGCAUUCGUUGAAUGCUCGUUUCCUUAUGAAUACGUUGUGCAGAUAUUCGAAAGAUCAUUACUCAGCACUGGAAAUCAUCAUAGUAUUGUCUUGAUGUAUGCCAACUUUUGCAUCAAUAAGGGAAAAAUCAACAAAGCGCGCAAUUUGAUACGGAGGUCAUUACCCAUGAAAGCUCGUAUGGCGAGCGUUGACUUGAUUAUUUGUUUGGCUGAUAUCGAAAUUGCAACUGGUUGUAUCUUAAUGGCCAAAGAUCUCAUUUGCAGGUACAUCCUGGUAAACAGCGAAGUGCUGUAUCGGAUUUUUGAAAAGCUCAUGCAAAUUGAAGCACUUGUUAACCCGAAUGAUGAGGAGUACUUGUGCACGGUUGAGUGGGAUAAUGUUGCAUUUGAAACUGGCAAUAGGAAAAAUAUUGUAUGGUCGACUAGAAACAAGAGUCUGCUUUGUGUCAUCAAUACUCCUUGUUGUUGGGUAGAAUUCGAUUUUAAAACAGCUGGCUCUUCAAUAACUCAUUUCCAUGACGACUCAGUCGAUGUGCAUAGACUCUCGUCAGUCAAUAUGAUGCGGAAUGAAUCGUAG